AUGUCUUCCGGUCUUCCCUCCGUUUACAUCGUUUCUGCCGCCAGAACCCCUGUGGGGUCCUUCCUUGGCCAGCUUUCCAGCUUUUCCGCUGUGCAGCUUGGUGCCCAUGCCAUCAAGUCUGCCGUUGAGCGUGUCCCCGAGAUCAAGGCUGAGGAUGUUGAGGAAGUCUUCUUUGGCAAUGUCCUUUCCGCUGGUGUCGGCCAGGCCCCUGCCCGCCAAUGCGCCCUGAAGGCCGGUCUCUCGAACAAGGUUGUCGCCACCACCGUCAACAAGGUGUGCGCUUCCGGCAUGAAGGCCAUCAUCCUUGGCGCCCAGACCAUCAUGACUGGCAAUGCCGAUAUCGUUGUCGCCGGCGGCACCGAGAGCAUGUCCAACGUCCCCCACUAUAUGACCAACCUCCGCACUGGCGUCAAGUACGGUGACGGCGGCCUUGUCGACGGUAUUCAGGCCGAUGGUCUCCGUGAUGCCUAUGGCAAGGAGCUCAUGGGUGUCCAGGCCGAGCUCUGCGCCAAGGACCAUGAGCUGAGCCGCCGCCACCGAGGCUGGUCUGUUCAGGAAAUUGUUCCUAUCGAGGUCCCUGGUGGCCGCGGCAAGCCUGCCAUCAAGAUUGACCGUGAUGAGGAGGUCAAGAACCUCAACAUCGAGAAACUCAAGUCUGCCCGUACCGUCUUCCAGGCCAAGGAUGGUACCGUCACUGCUCCCAACGCCUCCCCCAUCAACGAUGGUGCCGCUGCCGUUGUUCUUGUCUCCGAGGCUAAGCUUAAGGAGCUUGGUAUCAAGCCCAUCGCCAAGAUCCUUGGUUGGGGUGAUGCCGCCCACGAGCCCGAGCGCUUUACCACUGCCCCUGCUGUCGCCAUUCCCAAGGCCAUCAAGCAUGCCGGUAUCAAGGAGGAGGACGUUGAUUUCUACGAGAUCAACGAGGCCUUCUCUGUUGUCGCUCUCGCCAACAUGAAGAUCCUCGGCCUUACGCCUGAGAAGGUCAACGUCUACGGUGGCUCCGUUGCCAUCGGCCACCCUCUUGGCUGCUCCGGUGCUCGUGUCGUCACUACUCUCACCUCCGUCCUGGCUGAGAAGAAGGCCAAGAUUGGCUGCGCUGGUAUCUGCAAUGGUGGCGGUGGUGCUUCUGCCAUCGUUAUCGAGAACCUGCAGUAA